GCCAGCAUCCACUCGCUGGGCUUCGCUGCCCCCACGCCGAUCCAGGCACACUGCUGGCCCGUCUGCGAGGCUAACCGUGACCUGAUCGGCAUCGCCAAGACUGGAAGCGGUAAGACGCUCGCGUUCCUCCUGCCGCCGUUCACGAAGUUCCUCGGGUCUAAGCCCGACUACAAAGGACCCAAGAUGCUGGUCAUGGCCCCCACCCGAGAGCUCGCCGUGCAGAUCCAGGCGGAGGCGGACAAGUUCGGGCGCCGCAUAGGCAUCCUGUCGGCGUGCGUCUACGGCGGUGCCCCCCGGGGGCCGCAGCUGCGCGACCUGCGGUACGGCUGCCACGUCGUCGUGGGCACGCCCGGCCGUCUCAACGACUACCUCGAGGGCGGCCAGCUCAAGCUGGAGGCCUGCACGUACCUCACCCUGGACGAGGCGGACCGGAUGCUGGACAUGGGCUUCGAGCCGCAGAUCCGCACGGUUAUCAACGCCAUCCCGCAUGGGCGCCAGACCAUGAUGUUCAGCGCGACGUGGCCCAAGGAGGUGCGCAAGCUCGCCGCAGACUACCUGCGG